AUGAUAGAUAUCAGCAACAGCGAGGGGGUUCAAUGUUCCUGGGAGGGUUAUCUGUACAACUUCCUGGCUUACCUACACCAUGCUCUGGGCUCCUCAGAGGACGCUCUUCAAUGCCUGAAGAAGGCUGAAGAGGCCAUUCGCCAAAGCAGUCCAGACGACGUGGAGCUAAGUCUUGUGGUCCACUAUGGGAACCUGGCCUGGGUGCACUAUCACCAAGGGGAGCUGACAGAGAGCCAGACCUAUGUGGAGAAGGUGGGGAAACUACUGCGGGACAAACCUUUGCUCUGCCCAGGUGUAGUGUGGGGUGAAAGGGCCUGGACUUUGAAUAAGUUUGAUGUAAGCAAGAGGAAGGCAGCAGUAUAUUGCUUCCAGAUGGCCUUAAAAGGGGACCCUGAGAACAAGGUGUUGCGCUGCGGCUAUGCCAUGGCAUUUAAUAAAUCAGUUGAUAGGAAAGACAUUACCCCAAAGAUGCGAUCUGAGAUGUUGAAGCAGCUACGGAUUGCUAAAGAAUUGGAUCCAGAAGAUUUGUACAUCACAGCGAUGUACCUGCAGAGGCUUGCAGAGAAUGGCCAGGUUGAGGAAGCACGUAAACUCGCAAAGAAAGUGACAGAGAAGCCUUUGGAGAACUUUGGUGGAUAUCGAAUGUUGCUGGAUUUUUUCAGAGAUUACAUCUCUCAUGAUUCAAGCAUUGACCUGGCAAGACGGACCCUGGAGAGACACCCUGAUUCACGCCAGCUGAAGAGGCAUCUUGGGAAGUGUUACAAAUGGAAGAUUUUCUCUCCGGAAGAGAAAAUCAACCCAAUGAGGCAUAUUCUGAUUGAAAAUGCAGUCAACCUGUAUGAAGAGGUGGUCACACUCUACCCAAAAUCCCUUGCAGUAAAACUGGAACUGUCUGCCAUGUACAAAGAAUCUGGCAGAGUUGAUAGAGCAGAUAAGAUAUUUGAGGACCUACUUCUUGAUAGAGAAGGAAUGGAACCACAGGAUUUACAAAAAAUCUACUACUGGUAUGCCAAACAUCUGUUUUAUGAAAAGAAAGAUGCUUCCAGGUCAAUUGAUUUCCACAAGAAGGCAGCAGAAAUUAUGCUACCCACUGACCAACGUGAAAGCAGUAUUCGUGUUCUGUUGUCCAUUGUCCAUAAUGGAGGAGACAGAGCUAAGGAAAUUGUGGACUUUCUGGAUGGCCUUGAUGGAGAAGGUGCUGUCGGCCAUUUCUAA